AUGAAGCUGAUAGCAACUCUCGGGCUAUUCGGUGCGGCGAUUUUAGCUGUGGAAGCGAGUCCCGAGAUAGAUAUAACCGUCCCUCGCCUUCCCAAGCAGAAUAACUACCCACCAAGCGGGCCUCAGCUGUCAGCUAAUCCUCCCGGAAACAAGUCAUAUGAAUAUAUAAUCGUAGGUUCUGGCGCCGGGGGCUCUCCCCUUGCAGCCCGGUUGGCACUCGCCGGUCACAGUGUUCUGCUGAUCGACGCCGGUGGCGACCACGGCAGGUUACGCGAGGUCGAGAUCCCAAGUCUUUAUAUCGGGGCAUCGGAAAGGACCGAGCUGAGCUGGGGUAUCUUCACUCGACACUAUGAAGAUGAUGCGCAGACCAAGAGAGAUAGAAAGUUGACGUACCUCGCACCAGAUGGGGACUAUUACAGUGGUGUGAACCCCCCGGAAGGCUCUGAGAUACUCGGGAACUACUACCCUCGCGUCGGUGGAUUAGGGGGCUGUACUCAACAUCUAGCUCUGGUGCCCCUUGCGCCGGCGAGAAACGACUGGGACUAUAUCAAGAACCUGAGGAGUGAUCAGAACUGGGACGCAGAGAAUGAGACUGAUGAUACCACCAAGGCCCAUGGAUUCAACGGCUGGUUCCCGACAACCAUCGAACCUCUGGCCCUAUACACCAGCGAUUUGAAUUUCGUCUCCAUUAUCCUCCCGGCCGCCUCUGCAAUGGGUAUCCAGACAGAUAGUACCCUCAGCUACAUUCGAAACUCCAUCAGGGGCAACAGCAUUGCCGGGAAAGUCUCCUGGUCUCCAGACCCCGACAGCACCUCGGUGCUCAGCCGCAAGCGCUCGACGCCACGGAAUUGGAUCUACGACAUAGCCACGGCUAAGAACGCUGAUGGCUCGAAGAAGUAUCCCUUAGACAUUCCAUUGUAUACUCUCGUUACGAAGGUGAACGUCGAUACUACGGGCGAUAAGCCCAAGGCUGUUGGCGUCGACUACCUGUAUGGCGAAGCUCUGUACCGGGCCGAUCCCCGAUCCAGUCCCACCGGAAAAUCCGGUACCCCCGGAUCUGUCUCGGCGACUCGCGAGCAUCGGUCCGCCGCGGAGCUAGAAAAAUUCGGUAUCCCGGUUAUCAAGGAUCUUCCCGGCGUCGGCGGUAACCUACAGGACCGAUAUGAAACCGGUGUAACAGUCUCAUCGUCGAGUAACUUCACUCUCUUCAAAAACUGCACAUUCAUCACAACAGACGACGACCCAUGCUACGAAACAUGGGCGCAGCCAAGUCCCGACCCCUUAGCACACGGCUCAUACGCUACCGACGGCAUCUCCAUGGGCAUGUUUCUGCGAUCAUCGACUGCUGGCCCCGAUCAGGACCUAUGGGGGUACUUCCCGGGCAUGGGCAGCACGGUGAUCACGCCGGCCGAGAAGAACUACUUCACGUGGCUGGUACUCAAGGCGCACUCGCGCAACAACGCCGGCACCGUAAACCUGACUAGUGCUGACCCCCGCGACACGCCGCGUAUCACGUUCCGCAACUUCGGCGAGGGUGACUCGUCUCGCGCGGCGGACGCAGAUAAGGAUUUGCAGGCUGUGGUGGACGGCAUGCGUCUAGCGAUCCAAGUCUUCGACACCCUCGAACCGCUCGAGACCGGCGAGUCGUUCGAGCGCGUGUGGCCGCCUGCUGAGAUACAGCCGGACGAGGACUUGAAGCAGUGGGCGCGUGAUGAGGCAUGGGGUCAUCAUGCUUCGUGUACUUGUCCGAUCGGUGCGGAUGACGACCCCUUGGCUGUUUUAGAUGGCCAAUUUCCUGUUCGUGGAGUAGAUGGGUUGAGAGUCGUGGAUGCGUCGGUGUUCCCGAAGAUCUCGUAA